AUGAACAAUCCACCGGCCCCCCCUUCAGCUGGCCGUGACAACAGUGGAUUGGAGCAGCGUGGUGGAGCAGCUGGACAGCGAGCUCGAGAGGUUAUACAGCAGGGUGGAGACCCCUCUCAGCAGGGUCGAGAAGUUAAACAGCUCGGCGGAAGAGCUGCACCGCAGGGUCAACAGCACGGUCAGAAUGCUGACUUUGGUCCUCCACCUCCUCCACCGAGACGAUACGAUGUUUGGGGCAUGGACUAUCGUCCAUAUGACCAGGGCGGACCAUUUGAAGAGCAGAGUGGAACACCUGUACCGCAGGUUCGACACCAUGAUCAGAACACUGAUUCUGGUCCUCCACCUCCUCCACCCGGGCGAUACAACGUUUGGGGCAUAGAUUACCAACCACAUGACCAGGGUGGACCAGCUGCGCAGCAGAAUCAUUCGGUGAGGAAGCCGCCUCCUAAAUUGGGCGGUGCUCCACCUCCUCCAUAUCAACAAGGUGGCGAUGGUAUUGGUCAGGGUAGUGAUGGUGGUCAGGACAGUAGUGGUCAGAGCAGUAGUGGUCAGAGCAGUAGUGGUGGUCAAGGCAACAGGCGCUGA